AUGCUACCAUGGCCGCGGCUGCGGAACAGCCAGCCCGCGUUGGACCAGCUCCACCACGCUGCCUGGUCUGAGAGCCUCAUAUGGCGGGUGAAGCAAAGAGGCACUUCUCAUGCGGCCUUGUCGUGUAACCCUGCGUGUGUCCUUCGCUCCAUCUGUAGUCUGGCUGUCCGCUUUCGAUGUCGACUCUCCAGGGCAGCAAGACUGCUGGACGGCUGCACGCUGGACGGUUGUUGUACACUGCCCUUCUCGGUCGACUUCGACUCAGCGUCGGUCAUAGCAAAACUUAAUUCUCUUUUCGUGAGCAAUCGAUGA